CUACUUUGAAGCUGUUUUCCGAAAGGACUAGACACGACAAGACAAGCACAUGUCAUCCUUUCCCUCGAUUCUCGAAAGGCUCCACUUUCCCUUUUCUCACUUCCUCUCCAGCACUCACCAAAAAUUUGUUACAGAUUGAAAUACUCCACUACACAAACCACAUUAUCUGAAUCUCUGUGAUAAAUGGAAAUGAUGUUUGAGGAGGUGAUUGUGGGGUCGAAUUCACACUCAACUACUCCUGUUUCCCAUCUCAAUAAUUAUUCUCCCAACUCCAUCGCUAGUCCCGGUGGCAGAAAUUCAAGCACUCGACCACAACCACAAUCGCAACCGAAUCGGCGGCUGUUUGUUACAGAGGAGGAGGAGAAGAAGGAUAAUCGUAAGGGAAGUUGCUUCUUGUGUGAUAAACAAGGUCACUGGAUGAAGGAUUGCCCCACGAAGAGUCCAAAGACUCCAUCUUCAUCUCAAUCUCCAUCACCAUCAUCACCAUCACCUAUUGGAGGCCAUGGUGUACCCAAUCUCAUUUGCCGUUGUGGUACCGGAACUUGCUUCGUCCGCCGCUCUAAGACUACCAGGAAUCCCGAUCGCCUCUUCUACUGUUGCCCCCUUACGGAUAAAAGUUGUAAUUUCUUUGAGUGGUGCGACGAAGUGUGGAAUGAUAAGAUCACCGUUCCUGUGUGCCGCUGUUUCGCCGGACCCUGUAGUAUUUACAAGGAACCCACUUUCACCAGGUCAAAUGCGGGUCGCUAUUUCUUUGUAUGCCCCAUUAAGAAGGGACAGGGUGCUUGUGACUUCAUUCAAUCAUUGGAUGCUACUAGUAGUCAUUCAGAUAAAAGUGUUAUUUCUCAGUCUACAUUGACCAACUGUCAUGACACUAGCCCCUCAAGCAAUGACUUAGUUGAGGAUGGGGAUUUCAGCCAACAAGGGAUGGAUGUUGUGUCACAUGUAGUGAACAGUUCUGAACAUCCUCAAAAGUUGGGGGCAAUUUCUGAAAUUUCUAAGAGAGAUAAAGUGAAGCUAAUGGAUUUUCAGGCCCAAGAAGAGACGCCAGAUGAGCCUAUGCGAAAGCAUUGUAAACGACAACGACAUGAGGCUCCAGAAAUUGAUGGUUUCAUCCUUGAUUCAACAAGUUAUUGUUCUGACAUGCCACAGUCAAAAUCAGGGGACCCUACAACUACGAAGGCACUCCGGGCGUCUACUAUAACAUCUGAGGUUUUGAUUCAUCAAAGGCAAGUGUAGUUUUUGUCGGAGAUUUCUUUUGCCAGAGCUUCUUUGUCAGAAGGUUCUACUUACUACCACAAUGAUUCUCCCUUGCCUACAACCACAGUGGCCUU